AUGCAUCCUUUACCGGCUCCCAACAACAGCCAGUCUCCCCGAGGCGGCGAGGCACGCGACCACACUCCACCGAGAAUGAAUACCCCUGCAACAAACCAUCCCCCUUCCUCGGCCACCGCAGGUCGAGCCAGUGUCUCUACCCUUUCUACGUUGACCCCAGCAGAUGGCAAGAAGAAGAGGAAACACAGGGGCGGGAAGAAGAGGAGGAAUCGCCGUCAGUCCUUUGCCGCCCCUUCUGAAGCAUCAGGCCUGCAGAGUCUCGAUGAAGACCUGCCAGAAGACCCUUUACUCGAGGCACCAGAAAAUUCGUCGCAGACACUCCGACCACCAUUCUACAAAGCCAACACGGGCAAUAUUAGUGGGGAAAGUCUGAACAGUGACGCUCUGCUGGAUCAUCGGGAGCAACCGACCAUGCGGCCUCGAGGUGACAGCAGGCCGACGGCCAGCUUCCUUGCUACAUCAUAUCGAAAUAGCCCUUUUCCUGCGCUGGAAACGGCUGCCCGAAGGAGACACCACAGUCAGCAGGACGGGUCGAGUUCCAAUAGUUCUGAGCAUGACGAUUUCAACGACCGUACCCCUCUCAUCUCUGGCUCUCGUCAGCGCAAAAGUCCUAUCCAGUCUGGUUACGGGCUUUUUAGAGUCAAGUCCAAUACCUCCACUCUUUCGACGGGGUCCAAGCAGCAAAGGAAGCGAGCCAUCGCAACGGGCCAGUCUCUACCAAAGUCGGAGCCCGAGUACGAUAUCAACAAUCCUCCCUCAGUGCCACCAAGUCCAGCAUUUGGCGCGCAACUUGACGAUGUCAUGGUUGACGACGUAAACUUCUUAGAUCGUCCACUGGAUGCUCGGAGAAGCGUGCCCGCGUCCAACCACGAUGCCCUGAUUGACAUCGAUGGCGACGGUGCUGGACAACCCAACUCGGCACCACCAAGCCCUAGACUACGGCCAGACGGCAUGCAGCGACACCGACCAAUGACCUCCGCAGAAGAAGAUGUGUGUUUUCCCUCCGAUGCAGUCUCAGAGGUUGGCGAAUAUUACAAUCAGUCGCAACCGCAAGGUCCUUUUGCUCCCAGUGGGCGACGGAGGCGAAGGGAACGGGAGUGGCCUCAGCUUUGGGUGCUGGAUGAGUGGAGUCGCGUUGAAAAGGAGGAAAGAGCGGCAGGGGAGAGACGGGCAAAGAAGAUCAGUGAGCCUGUGUUCGUGGAGGGCAGACUCAGACCAUCCAAUACCGCGUGGCAUCGGGCGCAGGAAGAUGCUCAAUAUCGUUACACGUAUUUCAACGAAGAAUUCGAGAGCACGAUCCACGCACAAACGAUAUCGGAACUGGUCCAGCCAGGAGGCACUUUCCGCGAAUUGUUCAUUCCGGACCCUCCUGAACUGAGCGACUCCAGCAGCAGCGAGGAGGAAGACCUGGUGAACGUCGAACAGACUGUGGAUGAUGUGAGCGGUCCCCAAAGUCCCAAGUCUCAACCCGCCAAUACCGGGAACACCAACCUUGCCGACAGGAUCAAAUCGAGACUGGAGCCCAAUGGCAAGAAUUCAGAGCAGUCGUCGGGGUCGGCCACACCACGCAAACAGGGGUCCACAAGUCGUCCGGGGAAACCAAAGAAAUAUGGCCCUCGUCCAACUUUCUGGCUUGAUGUGCUCUGUCCUACCGAUCAAGAAAUGCGUGUGCUCAGCAAGACUUUCGGUAUUCAUGCGCUGACUUCCGAGGAUAUCAUGAUGCAAGAGGCUCGAGAAAAGGUUGAACUCUUCCGGAAUUAUUACUUCAUCAACUAUCGUACCUUUGAGCAAGACACUAACAGCGAGGACUACUUGGAGCCGAUCAACAUGUAUGUCUGUGUGUUUCGAUAUGGUAUCCUCACCUUUCACUUCUCUCCAAUCCCCCAUCCGGCAAAUGUACGACGACGGAUUCGGCAGCUUUCCGACUACCUGAUUCUAAGUGCCGAUUGGAUCUCAUACGCCAUCAUCGAUGAUAUUACCGAUGUCUACCAACCGCUGAUCACCAGCAUUGAGCAAGAAGUCGAUCAAAUUGAGGAUCUCAUCCUCCGAUCCUUCCAUAACAGCAUUGAACUGGCUGGCCAUCAUGACGAGAAAGGCUCGGACAACGGAACGGACGCCUCUGACACGGAAAUCAGUGGCAUUGAUAUGCUCCUGCGAAUUGGUGAAUGCCGCAAGAAGGUCAUGUCACUCUAUCGUUUGCUUGGUACCAAAGCGGAUGUGAUCAAAGGGUUUGCCAAACGCUGUAACGAGCAAUGGGAGGUUGCGCCGAGGUCGGAGAUUGGUCUAUACCUGGGAGAUAUCCAAGAUCAUAUCUUGACCAUGACGGGGAAUCUCUCUCAUUAUGAGACUCUUCUGGCUCGGGCACACGGCAACUAUCUGGCUCAAGUGAGCAUUCAUAUGAACGAGCGGCAAGAAGAGACUGCGGAUGUACUCGGCAAGUUGUCGGUAUUGGGGACUGUCUGCCUUCCUCUCACAUUGAUCACAGGAUUGUUUGGCGCCAACUUCAAGGUGCCUGGCCAAGACGUGGACAAUCUUCACUGGUUCUGGGCAACGACAGCCGGAUUGAUCUUCUUUGGCAUUGCUUGCUUCUACUGGUGCAAGAAGGUGUACAAGAUCAUAUGA